CAACACAACACGUCCAUGGAGUCUUUUCCAGUAAGUAUUCAUAUUCAUAGGUCAACUGUCCUUUCGGAGCUGAUGAAUCCCACCACAUAUAUAGAUCAUUAUCAUGGUCAUCACACGGUCAUCAGAAUCUCAACACUUAUACCUCAACCUUGUCUCAAGAUGUCCGCAUCUGAGGCUAUACCUCAACGCUCAAACUUGAGUGCCUAG